AUGAUGAAGGAUGAAAAUCCAAACAUGUUGACUGUCCAUUGUGUAAUACACCGAGAAAACUUGGUUGCCAAGAAAUUGUCCCCUGUUCUUAACAAGAUUCUUCAAAGUGUGAUCAAGUGUGUCAACAGCAUUAAAAGAAAUUCUAAAUCUGAACGUCUUUUUAAGCAGUUUUGUAUAAAUCAAAGUGCCGAACAUGUUCGAUUAUUGCUUCAUACAGAAGUAAGAUGGCUAUCAAGUGGAAACUGCUUAAAGAGGUUCAUGGAAUUAUUUGAUCAGAUUAACGACUUUCUUAGUGAUAAAUCUGAAAUGAAAUUGCUGUCAACAACGGAUGGAAAAGCAUUUGUCAGUUAUUUGACAGACAUAUUUGAGAAACUUGGAAACUUGAAUAAACAACUUCAAGGUGCAAACAUGACACUUAUUGAUGCCAAAGCAAAGAUUUUUGGAUUUAUUACAGCUCUCGAAUUAUGGAAAAAUAAAUUUUCCAAAAGAAAUUUCAGUGAACUUUACUGGUUGAGUAAAUGUGAAAUAACAAAUGAUGCUGGCAUUGUAAUUAUUGAUCAUUUAAAUAUCUUGAUAAAGGAUUUCAAUGACAGAUUUUGCGAUUUAAAGGCAAUGAAUUUUCCUUCUUGGUUAACUCAACCGCUUCUGAUUAACGUUUCUGAUGCUACAAUCCAAUACCAAGAAGAGUUAUCAGAAUUACAACAUGAUGAAUCAGUGAAGACUUUGUUUAAAUUGAAAGGUACAAAGAUGUGGCUAUAUGACGAGGUUGAAAGAAAAUAUCCUAAAAUUUCUACAUCAGCGAGAGAGCUACUGAUUCCUUUCCCUUCGUCUUAUUUGGUCGAAUGUGGUUUUAGUGCAGUUGAUAAUUUGCUCGAAGCCAAGAGAAACCGGCUUGAGAUUACAAAACGUGGCGAUUUACGACUGAAAUUAACAAAGUUGUCUCCUCAAAUUAAAAACUUGUGCUGUAUGCAUCAGGCACAGGGUUCUCACUAA